AUUCCGGCUGCUGGUCUCUGGUUGAAUUCCUCCUCCCUGACCUGCCCUCUCUAUUGUAGCUACAAAGAUUUCUUUUAAAUACGUGGAAAGCAAUAACAAGAACCAGUUCAGCAUAGAAAUGAAAGAGGGUUCAUUUCUUGCAUGAACUAAUUAGCAGGGAAUACAGUCAGUGUUGUGGCAGUUACUAAAAAAAAGUAACUAGUUACAGUUACUUUAAUGAAAACAUAACUCUGUUUCUUUGAUUAUGUAAGAUAUAUGGAAGUGUGAGAAAGUUAUUCAGUUAUAAGGUAUAUGGACAUUACUUGUGAGAGAUAUGGACAAUUCUAUACAUUUUAAGAGUUAUUUAUGUUGCCAAUUGAUGUUUCAGCAUAUAUCGAGCAACUUCAACAUUCUCUCCUCCUUUGUUGCUGCGUACUCGGAUUGGCAAGCCAAAGUUCUGCACAGCUCCUAAGAAGGCCCGAAGAACUGUGGUUGCUCUGUCGUUAUUGCUGGCAGUGAGAAACAUUAACUUUCGGCUGUAUCCGUCGAUGCCACCAUGAAUCACAAUUCUCCACCUUCAUAAAGAAAGAUAAAGAGUUGAUAUUAAAUUGUUGUGAAAAAUCUUGUUCUGUUUUCCUAAAGAGAAUCAAUUUGUGAUUGCCAUCAAUGUGCCAAAGUGCAAGAGGUGAUGGUACGGAGUAGCUUCUUCUCUGUGUUAUGUUGAUGCCAAUGCCACGACAGAUGGUGCCCACCGGAUCCACGACCCUCAUUGUUUCCAUUACUCUGGAUCGUUGUACUCUAGAAGACACCUCCGAUGUAAAAUAGGGAAAUCAUCCACACUUUCAGUGCAACACUCACCUUAAUCCCACACCAUUUAGAUACUCUGAAACAGUUCUAAUUCCUGAAUCAGGACACUCCUGGAUAAAACUGGACACCAGUCUUUGGAGAGCCUCGUCACUGAUGUUGCUGUAGUUCAUUCUGACAGAGAGACUGCUGUCUGCCAUUCUUCUUCGAACAGUGCUGCAGCUCACACCUAACAAUUCCCCAAUUUCACGAACACUGGAAUUGUUCUCCAACAGGUACUUUACUUGGUCUUCUGAAAUGUCCCGUGAUGGCCGUCCCCUGCCACCGGAUGUGAUCAGUGCAGGCCUAAAUCCACUGGUGUGGUUAUUUUUUUUCACCAACCAAACGCAGUACUGCCCGUAUACUGUCCAAAAUGUCAUCGAUAUUUGGAAAAAUUCCAGUUUCUUGAGCUCGUAGUAAGAUGUUGAAUAUAUCUUUGUCGCACUGCUCAAGAAAAUCAAAGUCAAAUUGUGAAGCAUUAGCCUCAAAAUGAUCUGAAAGACGCUGGCAUUGAUGACAGAGAUACUGCAUCAGCUGACGGCUGCGCUGGUCAUCCUCAGAACUACAAGAAAAUAAAAAAUACAAAUAUUACAAUAGGCACCAACAAAUAAAACCACACAGUCACAGUGAAACCUGAAACACACUCAAACUAAAGGUUCUUUCAGCUUUCCCUGUUUGAUGUGACAAUGUCAUUUUUUAACAUUGUGUAUAUAUGUAACCAUGCCAGUCCUUGGUGCUGGCAAGGUUCAACUCUUUCUCCCAUGAUGAUACUCUGCAUUGUGUUUGAUAAGAAUUCAAAGACAGUGGCUUGAUUUCGAUCACACUGGUCGUUUAUUCUGUUCAAAAAAUCAAGUGUGCUGGACAGACACCGAUAGCAUGUGGCCGGGCCAUACCAAACACUCGAGCGCCUCCAUCCCAAUACCCACGACUGUCAGGCACGCCGACAACAUCAAUACACAAAACCGGAGGAUGAGACGUUCAAGGGCAAACGGGCGACUAAAAUUGGACUAAUACAUAGUUCACCCUGUUCCAUGUGGUUUUACAUAUGUGACACAUCAAUGAAGAAACUAUUUGUAACUUUUUCCUGACCAUUGGCCAGCCAUUGCUGACGCAGAGCAUUGAUGCAGGGAAGCGGUGAAAGCUGACAUGUCGUCCGCAGUGGAGGCUGGUGGUAGAUUUAGGUGGAGCCAUUCUUCCUUCUUCUUUUUUGGCCAAUGUCACGUUAAUCAUUGAGCCGCAGCCAUUAAACGGCACUGGUUGGUUUAAUUGUAUGUCAUUAAUUUCUAUUGCUAGUCAGUGAUUGGUGGAAUCGACACUAACACCCGCCUUUCCAUAGCGACUUUUCCGGAACUCUAAGCCCUUUAUCUGCUUUUUCACUGCUAAUUAAUGAUAGAAAAUGAAGCACAUCCAUAGUUAAUUUGUUGUGAUUUAAUAUUAUAGUUUCUUUUGGAAUUUAUGUUUUGUGUUUAUGAAAAUGUUAACUGUUUUUCGUGUGAUCCUUGUCUUUAUUGGAUUUACUAAAGCUAUGUGAUUGUAAUAACAUGUCUUUGGUGUACAUUGGUUUACCAAGCAAGUCGUGACAUUUAUAUAAAUUAUUCAAAAACAGCACGUUAAAGAGGAAAAUGUACAAAUGCAAAACUUUAUUCCGACAUGACUUUCAAGCUGAUAAAGAGUUGGGACAAUGGCCAUUGGCGAUAGAUUCCCUAUUUUUACUCUUGAAAAAGAGGCGCCUGCGCCUACAUUUGCCUCAGUUUGAAUUUUGCGCCGAAUGAAAAAGCACACUGGCGAUUUACGUCUUGAAAUUUUACAUUUAUAUAAUGUUAACUAUGUAUGUGCAUCCCAAGAUACACCGAAAGAUAAAAUAAAGGAAAUUAGAAUGCAAGAUUAUAUGUCAGAUAAAAACAUCACAGUGCAAACAUUAAAUGUUUUAAUUGCGUUUUGUUUUAUGACUGACAGGGUUGCAAUGUCUUUUCUAUUUCUGAUUUCAAUAACAAAAACAAAAGAAAUAUUUGUUUUGAGAGUUUACAUGUAAUGAUGUGGAAUUUAGCAAUAGGGACCAGAUUCUUUCCCAUUCUGUACAGUCAAAUUUACUUGAAUAAUAGAAAGUUAUAGAGGUGGCAGACACUCGAUCUGCCUGAAACAAGGAUCUGAUUUAGGCGUUGGAACAUGCAAAGUGUUUAUUACCUUGGCUUUCAUCAGCGUGACAUAUUGAUAAUUUUGUCAUUGUCCUAAUAUCUCUGAGUGGAAAGAUGGUACCCACCAUUAAUUCAGGUUUCACUGUGACAGAGAGUCAAAAUGGAUCUGGGAGGCCGAAGACAAGUUCCUGAAGAAAUGCAAGAAUUGCUGCAGCAAAUGCAGCGUACAACAACUCUGCUGCUUAACAGGAUGGGCCGAUUUCCACCUGCUUCACCUCAGUCCAGACUGGCUGGUACAAGUGCAGUCACUACUGUCCCUGCUGUUGUCCAGCCUCUGAACCCUUCACUUCAAACAGCUGCCCCCCGAACGCCGUCUGGAUCACGGCAGCUGCUUGCUCCACCAAGCCACACCCCUCCUGCUCCACCAAUCCACACCCCUCCUGCUCCACCAAGCCACACCCCUCCUGCUCCACCAAUCCACACCCCUCCUGCUCCACCAAGCCACACCCCUCCUGCUCCACCUUGCCACAUCCCUCCUGUGCCAACCUUCCACAUGCCACCAGCUCCACCCUUCCAAAUCUUACCUACUCCAACGAGCCACUUUCCAGCUGCUCCAACGCGCAGCACUGUAUAUCAGUCCCGACCUGACAAUGUUCAGGUCCAUUUGUCAAGGCUUUUUCGGCCUCACCAAGGAGGAGGUGCUGGGGUUAGAAAGAGGAAGUGGGAGACCCCUUGGUCCCAUAUUUUCAUUUGCCUGCCUGAACCACAGUGGAGUUCUGUUCCCACAGCAGAGGAGGCUCGCUACUACUCAUCUUGUGGAUUGGGGCGAAAGACUGUGUGGUUCCCACACAAUGAAGGAGACCAUUCGUAUGUUUGUGAGCAUCUCCUCUCUGCCUUCCCACCUCUUCCAGAUGCUGGUGGGUUUGUACUGGCCUGUGGCAGCAGAGCAAAGGUUUUGGAGCACCUUGCAAUACCGCCAGAGGGACACAGCCUGAGCUUUGUUGGCUCAGUUUCUACAAGGGCUCCCUUGUACAUCAUCCCCCUUCAACGCAGUCUGACAUUCACUGCUCCACCAGCUGACGAGGUCCCAAAAGUGAUGGAGAAGUGCCUUACCUGCCAGUCCAUCAUCCCUCUUUGUGACUUGGCUGACCGUGUCCUGGAGUGAAAAAGAAGACUCAAGGACUGAUGAGGACGACAUGGAUGAAGACCUGGCCGUGGCCAUACAACAUUCUUUGCAGGAGCAGAUGGGACCUGUGCAACAGUCAGGGUUAAUCGUGUACAUUGUUGUUACAUGUAUCAUUGAUCAUGAUCCGUGGUUUUGGCUUAUGGCUUUUGUCUUGCUUUGUCUCAUUUCCUGAUGCAUUUUGUAGUUUCCCCUUGUGGUCUGUUCAGCUUACUUCCUGUUUCUGGACACAUCUGCUUUUCGUUUGUAAUCUGUGUCACCUGUCUCUUUUUCCAGUCCCUCAGUGUAAAUACUCCCGGUUUUCUGAGCCUU